GGUCACAAUCUUUGAGGUCUUCAGAGGACUUCCAUGGUCCAGACAUUCAUUAGAACAGACGCUGAAUGGAGGGCACAGCCUCCUGCUGACCAGCAUCUUGAGGUCCCAUCAUCUCCUAAUUACUUUGUUACCAGUUUCUUGCGAUACAGUGACAACACUAAUUUUGCCAAGAUGAUGAAUGAGAUUCCAGACUUGGCAUCGCCAUCCUCUCUUGGGGUUGUUACAGCCAGCUGUGUGUCUAAAGUGGAGCUUCGCGUGUGCUGCAAGAACCUGCUUGAUAGGGAUACGCUCAACAAGUCUGACCCAUGUGUCCUGCUCCUCAUGCAGUCUCAGGGCCAGUGGAUGGAGGUGGACCGCACAGAAGUGAUCAAGAGCAAUCUGAAUCCCGUCUUCUCCAAGGUCUUCACUGUGGACUACUACUUUGAGGAAGUGCAGAAGCUGCGGUUUGAGGUGUACGACAUCCAUGGACAUUGCAGCAUUGGAUCAAGGGAUGAUGACUUCCUGGGUGGUGUGGAAAUGACUCUGGGGCAGAUUGUUGCACAGAAGAGGAAUACCAAAGGACUGUUCCUGAAAUAUGGAAAAUACGCAGGAAAAUCCACCAUUACGGUCAUUUCUGAAGAGAUUUCGGGAAAUAACGGAUAUGUGGAGCUGUCAUUCUGCGCACGGAAACUGGAUGACAAGGAUUUAUUUAGCAAAUCAGAUCCUUUUCUGGAAAUCUACAGAGUUAAUGAUGACCAGAGUGAGCAGCUUGUGUAUAGAACGGAGGUCAUUAAAAAUAAUUUGAACCCAGUAUGGGAGCCAUUUAAAGUGUCUCUGAGUUCUCUGUGCUGCUGCGAGGAGAAGAGGAAACUCAGGUGCCUAGUCUGGGAUUAUGACUCCCGCGGAAAACAUGAUUUUAUUGGAGAGUUUUACGCAACCUUUGAAGAGAUGCAGAAGGCAAUCGGUGGGAACAAGAUACAAUGGGACUGUAUGAACCCCAAAUACAAAAUAAAGAAGCGGAAUUACAAGAACUCUGGUUUAGUUAUAUUGUCUGACAUGAAGAUUCACAGAGUUUACUCCUUCCUGGAUUACAUCAUGGGAGGCUGUCAAAUUCACUUUACAGUUGCCAUAGACUUUACAGCCUCCAACGGGGACCCUCGAAAUAGCUGCUCUCUACAUUAUAUUAAUCCCUACCAGCCCAACGAAUACCUGAAAGCAUUAGUUGCUGUAGGGGAAAUCUGCCAAGACUAUGACAGUGAUAAGAGAUUUUCUGCUUUGGGAUUUGGUGCACGCAUUCCCCCGAAAUAUGAGGUGUCACAUGAUUUUGCAAUCAACUUCAACCCUGAUGAUGAUGAAUGUGAAGGGAUUCAGGGCAUAGUAGAAUCCUACCAGAAUUGCCUCCCUAAAAUUCAGCUGUAUGGACCCACCAAUGUGGCACCUAUCAUAUCCCGGGUAGCGCGGCUGGCAGCCGAGGAGGAGAGGACCAAAGAAGCUUCGAAAUAUUACAUACUUCUCAUUCUCACGGAUGGAGUGGUCACAGAUAUGGCGGACACACGGGAGGCCAUAGUGCGGGCAUCCUACCUGCCCAUGUCCAUUAUUAUUGUGGGCGUAGGAAACGCAGAUUUCACUGACAUGCAGAUUCUGGAUGGCGAUGACGGCAUUUUGCGAGCACCCAAAGGGGAACCUGCUCUCCGAGACAUUGUUCAGUUUGUUCCAUUCCGAGAAUUCAAAAAUGCAUCCCCGGCUGCCCUGGCCAAAUGUGUUCUGGCUGAAGUACCCAAGCAAGUGGUAGAAUAUUAUAGCUACAAAGUCUUUCCCCCACGUUGUCCAAAAGAAGAAUCCCCGGACUCUGCUCUCAACUCUCCUCAAUGAGCUCUUCUUUAACGUCUACAUUCCCCACCUGCCCUUGGAUAGAGCAGGAGGCUUGCAGCCCACAACAUUCAAACUAUUGCCCAACAAUACCAUCUCUUCUGCACAGCUUUUUUUCCAUUCAGUCAAUCAGACAGCUGAGAUCUCCAUGAAUUCUAUUAGUGAGGGCCAAUGAGCAUUACUGACUGCCAUGACACUAAUUGGUUUGUAUACACCAAUGCUUCAUGAAGCCUACAGAGAACAAAGUGGUGUCAGCUAUUACAUAUA